CCGGCAAGUAGUGAUUGAUCUCGUGUCCUUGUAUCGUUACAAUUCUUCCCCUCUUUAUACUUACUUCCCAUUCUCCCAAAGACCAGACAAGACAGCUAUACUCACUAUGCCAUUCGAGUACAAAAAGGUCCUUGUCCUCGGCGCCACCUCCGGCAUAGGUUGGGCCCUCGCCUCCAAAUUCAUCGAGAAUGGCGUCUCUGUCAUCGCAGUAGGUCGGCGCAAAGAGAACCUCGAUGACUUUGCCAAGCAACACUCCAGCGGCAAGGCCACCGUCGACACCGCCGUCUUCGACAUUACCAAGCUGGACCAAAUCCCCAAGUUCGCAGAGGAGAUAUUCAGCAAGCACCCCGAUCUGGACUGCGUGUUCCUUAACUCGGGCGUGCAGCGGCACAUGAAUUGGGCGGAUCCAAGCAAAGUCAACCUCGACAACGCGGAGCUGGAGAUCUUGACCAACUAUACCGCCUACUUACACCUUACCAAGGCUUUCCUUCCGUAUCUGCAGAAGCAAGCCCCCAAACCCACGAGCAUGAUCUACACUACCUCGGGUCUUGCGUUGAUCCCCAUUCUCUACUGCCCAAACUACUGCGCGUCGAAAGCAGCUCUCCACCACAUGAUCCUGGCCCUACGGCAACAGCUCAAGGAAGUGAAGUCGAAUGUCAACAUCAUUGAACUGUACCCUCCGGCCGUACAAACGGAGCUUCACGAUGAGAAGCACCAGCCUGAGAUGGGCGACCGAGGCCGCAGCAUUGGUAUGCCGCUCAAGGAUUUUACCGAAGAGGCCUGGGAGGGUCUCAGUAAAGGCGGUGAGGAGAGCGAGCAGGUGCCGGUGCAGAUGGUGAAGACGUUUAUGGGUUUCAACACGUGGGAGAAGGAGAGGCAGAAGACUUUUAUGCAGAUGGUUGAGCGGACGAGGGGCCACUAGCGGCCUUCUUCGUCUUGCAUACAACCUUUAAUUGUCCAAUCUGUUAACCUAAAGCUUAACGCACAUCACCGUGCAAUUGUGAUACCAGUCGACGUCGUGUGACUGAGCACGGCGGCCGUCUUCCAGUCCAGUAACCCGGAUGGCUGGCAGCCUAGGUCGCAAUGC